CCUUCCCUCCUCCGCCUCCCGCACUUCAGCAGCCGCUGCCGGCCGGACGGGCGUAGGUCCCACCGCCUCCGCUUCUCUCCCGCCGCCGAUCCCGUGUCUCCGCGUCCUUGCCCGGCAUGUCGGCGGCCGUGGCGUGUGUGGAUUACUUCGCUGCCGACGUGCUCAUGGCCAUCUCCUCGGGAGCCGUGGUGCAUCGCGGACGACCUGGCUCCGAGGGCGCGGGCCCCGCUGCCGGUCUGGAUGUGCGCGCCACGCGCCGCGAGGCCACGCCGCCGGGGACCCCUGGGGCACCGCCACCGCCAGCUACCGCUUCGGGGCCGGGAGGCGCCACCGCUGCGCCCCACCUGCUGGCCGCCAGCAUCCUGGCCGAUCUGAGAGGCGGGCCGGUAGUCGCCACCGCAGCCAGCACCGCGGGGGGCACCUCUCCGGUCUCCUCCUCCUCAGCCGCUUCGUCUCCCUCUUCGGGCCGCGCCCCCGGCGCCGCCAAAAGCCACCGCUGUCCCUUCCAUGGCUGCGCCAAAGCCUACUACAAGUCUUCGCACCUCAAGUCACACCUGCGGACUCACACAGGUGAGCGACCCUUUGCCUGCGACUGGCCCGGCUGUGACAAGAAGUUCGCCCGUUCUGAUGAGCUGGCCCGUCACCACCGGACGCACACCGGGGAGAAGCGCUUCCCCUGUCCCCUGUGUACCAAGCGGUUCACCCGCAGCGACCACCUGACCAAGCACGCCCGGCGACAUCCCGGUUUCCGCCCGGAACUCCUGCGACGACCUGGUGCCCGCAGCGUCUCGCCCAGCGACUCGCUGCCCUGCAGCUUGGCUGGAAGCCCCACACCUAGCCCUGUCCCCAGCCCAGCUCCUGCUGGCUUGUAGAGCCCUGACCUGUCUGUCCACCCUGAGUGGCCUGCUUAUCGGGCCUCGGCAGGGAUUUCUAUCAAGGGACACAUCUGUCCUCGGGAGAGCCUGUGUCCUGGAGUUCCAGCCCACCUCAAGAAAGCAGCAAGGGACUGAGAAUGGACUUGGGUCACCUGGGGGGCCUGGGAGGUGGCCUCAGGUUCUGUCUGUAAAUAGCCAUGGUUAACUGUCCUGUCCCCUCUUCAGGGACCCCAAUGGGCAGUUGGCGGGUCCUCCCCAUCCCUUCCUGCCACCCUCUGCUUUCCCUCCUGGGUGGCGCUGGGCAUGAAGCCUAACCCCACUCCUUGUCUUCAGCCCCUUAGUCACCCCUCCAGGUUGGGACACAGGGACACAGAGCCAUAGGUGACUGGGGCUUCCCAUGGGCCCCGACCUGUCCCCACUCCACUGAAAGCCAUUGGCGGAAGUUCAGGGAAAUGGGGGGGUGUGCAGCCUGGCUGACCCCCUUCCAUGGGUACUCAAAUCUCAGGUGUCCGUAGAUUCUGCCCUCAAUAAGGGCCCCCCACUCCCAGCCCCAGGGGUACAGGAGGCCCACAGUUUUCAGAGAACUUAGGGCUGUGGGGUGCAGGUGGGGCAUGUGGAGGUGCAUCCCCCACAUCCCCGCUCACCUUGGAUGUGGUGCUGGGCAGAUGGGAAAGAAAUUAUUUAUUAUCCUCUCUGACUGCUGGUAUGGUGGGGGGCUGUGACUCCCCCUACCUGGGUGUGUAUAUGUGUGAGAGAGACAGUGGGUGUCUGGUGCCUGGGGCUUAGCCUCCUUACUCCCACUGGGUUAGGGUCCCUAAGUUUGGCCUUUGUGGCAUUGCGUCUCAGACAAUCUAUAGGACCCCUGCAGCCAUCGGGCAAUGGAUAUGGGGCUCUGGCCUGCCGUCAUAUGCUCCACACUCUCGGGUGUGUGCAGAGGGUGGCCUUGGACUCCAGGCUUGGGAACAGGGCGUUCGGCUCCUGGACCUUCUGGGGUAGCUCGGGUUUUUUUUGUUUGCACAGGAUAGACUUAUUUUUUCAGGCUCGAGUCCCAUGUUCCAGUGGGGUCCCCUUGUGUGGCACUCAUCCUCAGGGGUGAGUGGGCAAGGUCUCAGGAGAGUCUCUGGUAGGAUCCUCUACUACUGCAGACUGGAUUUCUUUUCUAGAAAGGCAAUUAGGGAUUGCCACACACACACACACACACACACACACACACACACACACACACACCAAGGAAUUGGGGACACAGAGAAAGUUGAGCUGCCCUGUGGUGGCUGUGGGGGGGUUACUGGCAUUCCCAUUUGUUCCAGAAUCUUCCAUUAUGAAAUGAGGGAGGUCACCCUUCUGGAGCUGGGCUGAGGGCCCUGGGCCAGCUCCCCUCCCGGGUACUUCCAUUUACCUUUUCUCUUUGGCCACAGAAAUGAAAUGCCUUAGUUUGCAGGGUGGGUGGGGGGCGGGGGCCGAUUCUUUUUGUGUCUUUUGGAUGUAUCUUGCUUCAUCCCAGCUCCUGCUGGUCUCCUGUCCUUCCUGUAAACAGGGGGAAAGGUCUGAGGUCCUUCGGAAUUAACUUCAUAAGCAAUCAGAGCUUUUCCGUGAUGUCCUCCCCACCCCCCAACUUCAGGUUCUGAUUGAUAACUGGGACUUGGGUCUAACCAUUGAAGGGUGAUGUCUGCAGGGCAGGCAGGACAAGGGUCCUAAGGGAUUUAUUUGUUCUUUCUGUAGGGGGCACCUCUCCUCCAUUCCGCCUGGCCUCUCACCCAUAUAUUUAAAUUAAAG